AUGCGGGUGCAGCUCCAGGGCGACGCGGGGGCGGGCCAGUACGCCCAGUUCCUGGCCGAGCUUGGCUCGGGUCGGCUCCCUCUGUGUCCAGGCACACCCGACACUGUACAGCUCCCGCCAGCCGUCCUGAGUCCGGCUCGGACUCUGGACGAGCUGAUAGACCGGAUAUACCCCGAUCUGGCCCAAAAUUUGCCCAACUUGGGCUGGCUCGAAGAGCGCGCCAUUUUGACCGUCCUAAAUUCCGACGCAAAGAAGGUCAACGACCUGGUCAUCGCGCGUAUGCCUGGACCAGAGAUGGAGUACACAAGCGUGGACUCCAUGGCCGACCCUGACGCGGUGCCGCUGGCAACCGAGGUGCUAAACAACAUCGAACUUUCUGGAAUGCCGGCCCACAAAAUUCGUCUGAAGACCGGCGCUCCGGUCAUUUUGAUCAGGAAUUUGGAUGCACCUCGGGCUGUCAACGGCACCCUCUGUGUCGUAAAGACGCUGAUGCACAACGUGUUGGAGCUGACGGUGCUCACCGGACCGGACCGCGGCAACAGUAUUUUUGUUCCGCGACUCCCACUCGAGUCUUCGGCUGACUCUGGCUUGGGAUUUUCAUUCCGGAGGCUACAGUUCCCCGUGAGCGUGGCCUUCGGGAUGACGAUCAGCCGUAGCCAGGACCAGACGAAGAAGCGUGUGGGAGUCUGCCUAAAGAACCCCGUGUUCUCUCACGGACAGCUCUAUGUCGCAAUGUCCCGAGUGGGUAGCAUUGGCGGCAUAGAGCUGUUCGGCGGGCCAACGACCCGCAAAGUAGUCUACCCCGAGGUCCUACGUUAG